CGUGUGGACAUGCGGAAGUGAAGCGACAACAGGGAGUCAGAGCUCCGUGUUAAAGUUCAGCAGUGAGUGGAUGUUUCCGACGCGCUGCGGGAUGGGGAAGAUGUGAGGGAGAAUAAAUGCUUUUCAACUCCGGGAUACAACAUGUUCUUCAAGACGGCGGAGGAAAGCUUCGAGCUGUUGGACAGACAGAGGGACGGCUACAGCACUGAGCCUUUAGUUCCCUCAUUGCCCACCCAGAGGAUAUAUGACUAUGUACUGGUGGCCCCUAGGGUGGAGGAUGACACGGACCAGAAGGCUCAGAGACAGAGAGGCUUCAUCCAGAAGCUGGAAGAGAAAAACAUCACAGUUAAAAGGAUUGAUCAUGAAGACAAAGUUUUUUUUGGCAUCCGUGCUCCCAAUGAGAUGUUCAAAAACUACAAGUACCUGCUCAAAGUCUCUGACUCCUGCAACUGGUGUGGAGACGUAAGGGGCUCUGUCACCCAGGCUACCAGAAUUCGAAUUGUCCAUUUCAUCCUUCAUCAGACCUUCAUCAAUACAGGAGAAAACCUGGAGGAACUGAUGAAGAAGGGUGUGUUUGAAACCAUGUUCUGCCUCCAUGAAGAUGAACACCUGAUGUAUGUGCUGAUGUUUCACCAUGGUUCACAGAGAAAGACGCAAAAAGACCUGAGGAAGAACUGGGCUCGAUGGUCGGGUCUGUUUACGGGCCAACCAGUCGACGAAGUCAAGAGUUACUUCGGCGAGAAAGUGGCUUUGUACUAUCUGUGGCUGGGCUGGUAUACCAAACUGCUGGUUCCAGCCGCUGCUCUUGGUGUUGUAGUUUUCCUUUAUGGACUUGCCUUUUUCAACACCAACCCUCUAAUUAAGGAGGUGUGUCAGUCCAGCAUCAUUAUGUGUCCUCGCUGUGAUAAGAGUUGUCUUGUGUGGCAGCUGUCAGACACGUGUACCUACGCUAAGGUCAGCCACCUGUUCGACAAUGAAGGAACUGUGGCUUUUGCGAUGUGCAUGGCGAUCUGGGCCACUCUGUUCCUCGAGCUGUGGAAGAGACACAGAGCCAGACAUGUCUCUAAGUGGAAGGUCUAUGACUGGUGUGAGGAGGAGGAAGAACUCAUUCUUGAAAUAGUCAAUGACCCAAACUGCACACCCAAACAGUUCAGUCAUUCCUAUCUGCGGAGCACCUUGGUCCUCAUCUUGGUAACCGUCAUGCUCAUGCUGAUCAUUGGCCUGGCUCAUGCUCUGGUGGUGUUUCGAGUGGUGGCCGCACCCUUAAUGUCUGAGGGCAGCUGGGAGUUCAUCAGGGAUCAUGCCAACACUGUGGCUGUGAUGCUCGGAGCUGUGCUGCACUAUGUCACCAUUCAGAUAAUGACUCGGGUAAACAGAUGGGUUUCGCUUAAACUAUGUGACAUAGAGAAGACAAACUCAUUUGCGGCUACAGAGAGGAACUUUACAGUGAAGAUGUUCACCUUCCAGUUCUUUACUCUCUUCUCCUCACUCUUCUAUGUGGCCUUCUUCCUGGGCAGGAUAAACGGCCAUCCAGGGAACUAUGUGCGUAUCGCUGGAUGGAGACUGGAGGAGUGCCAUCCUAGUGGUUGUUUGACAGACCUCUUCAUCCAGAUGGCUGUCAUCAUGCUGCUCAAACAGACUCUCAACAACAUUUUUGAGUUCAUUGUGCCUUGGUUAAAGAGCUGUGUGAAAAGAAAAACUGCAAAGAAGCUGGAGAGGAAGUGCGGUCACUGUUACAGGAAGACCUGCCGUGACGAACAUGGAAGUAUUGAGCCAUGUGAUGUCUGCAAACUUCGCCACUGGCUGUCUAAUUACCACCUGGCCCACACGGAUGCCUUCAGUCUGUUCAAUGAGUUCCUGGAAAUGGUGGUCCAGUUCAGUUUCACCACCAUAUUCGUGGCAGCAUUCCCCCUGGCCCCCCUGCUUGCUCUCAUCAACAACAUUUUCGAGAUCCGUCUUGACGCCAUCAAAAUGGUCCGCCUGGAGCGCCGGCUGGUCCCUAGAAAGACCAACGACAUCGGUGUUUGGACAAAGGUGUUGGAGGCCAUUGGUGUGUUAGCAGUGAUUGCUAACGGUUUAGUUAUUGGAGUCUCAUCAGACUUCAUUCCACGCCUUGUUUACCAUUAUCGUUAUGGCCCCUGUGCCAAUGGAAGCACUUCCACACACUGCAUGCAGGGCUACAUAAAUGACACACUCUCCACGGCUUUUGUAAGAGACCAGGCAGUUAGAACUGACUUUACUCCAAACCAGAUGAUCACAGACGGCUUUAACGUCACACAGUGCAGCUAUAGAGACUACAGGAGUGCUGCAGACUACACUCUGACUUCUCAGUUCUGGUUAGUUUUGGCAGUGCGCUUUGCCUUCGUCAUCUUGUUUGAGCAUGUCGUGGUGGUGUGUAAGUUCAUUGCUGCCUGGUUCGUUCCCAACAACCCCAUUCAGGUGAAGAAUGACCGACUGCAUGACAAACUGGCCCGUCUGAAAGAGGAGCUACGUGAAAUGAAACGUAGCAAAUCUACAGAUGUCUGACCUGCAGCAGCUGACCCCAGAGCUUCCUCAACUGAGUCAGGACUGCUUCCAGUGUCAUAGGAAAACUUUGUCUUCUUUUUAAUUAAUUAUAUUUGCUCUACUAAGCUGUAAUAUUGUGUAGGAUUUAUGUGUCAGGGAAUCAUUCAGACAGUGAACACUCCUGCUAAGAUGUCACUACACAACCAUCGCAUUAUACACAACACUGUGAUGUUUUUUAUUUGUGUAAGAAAGUCUUCGGUUAGAGAAAACCUAGCUUUUAUACAUGGGCUGCCAGACAGUAUACAUGUUUCAUGAAAAAUCAGAGUCAGAAUGUCCUGAUACUUUCUGAGUGACAUUCUGAGGUGGUCUUCUAUCACUGUGAUGUGAAAUGAAUUCCUGGCAACACACCGUUUCCUCUUAAUCCUAAUCUGAAAAUGAGUAAAAAUAUUACUCUAACAAGAAACUUUGAAGGACUUUUAUUUAGAAAUUCCACAUCAGAAUGUCCUGAUAAUGUUUUAUUGACACUCUGAGCUGGUCUGCUAUCAAUCUGAAAUUAAAUGAGUUCCAAGCAACAUACCGUUUCCUCUUAAUCCUAAUAUGAAAAUGUGUAAAAAUAUUGCUUUAACAAGACAUUUUGAAGGGCUUUUAUUUUGAAAUUCCACAUCAAAAUGUCCUGAAUGACCUGUGACACUUGGUCUGUCAUUUUGAUGUCAGAAUGGACUUUGACAAUGUAUUCCUCAUUCUUAAUUUUGAUUUAUUGUACACACAAUUAGAAUUAAAAUGUUUUCCGAAA